GCACUACCGUAAUCAAUGCCGGAAGCUGGCGGGGGAAGGUAGUUGACGAGGCACAGCUCAGCACGGCCGAUCGUUCUCACCUAGGAGGCAAGCGGGAGCGCACACGACGAGAGCGACCUCGGAGGAUCCGGCAUUACGACGGCAGAUUGACGAUCUGGUUACGUCGAUUGCGACUAUGAAGGAGCAUAUGGACAAUGAGAUCAAGAAGAAGGAGGAGAAGGCCAAACGCAAGCGGGAGAAGCUGGAGCAGAAACGGCGUGAAGAAGAGGCGAGGCUGGCUGAGGUCCAGGCACGAGAGGAGGCUGAGCGGCGUAAGAAACGCAAGGAGGAUAAACUACGACUGGAGGCUGAAGCACGUGAACAGAUGAAGAAGGAGAUGCGUACGGAGGCGUCCAAGCAUAUGGGUGGUUUGAGAGAGGAACUCAUGUAUCUAUGUGAACGUGGUGAUCACCAGGAGGAGGAAGCCCGACGCGGUGCGAAAGGAAAGAAGAAGAUUGAGGCGCCUGCGUCAGACGAUGAGGCCUAUAACUCCUACGAAAUGGAUUGUUGCACGGCGACCGAGCUACUACUUCUGGAGCAAGCUUACAUUAGUCAAUGGUCGCCUAUACUGAAUACUGCAGGAAAGAUCGGCAAACAGCAUGCAAGGAACAACGGAAGAAAAGGACGCAAGGAGCGUAGCAGGCAACAGGAUGGAGGAUCUCGGCGUGAACCAGCGUCUUUCACUCCAGUUCGGGCUAAGAUCGGUGAUGGCGGUAUAUACAGUAUGGAGAUAUACCAUUUGCUCGCAGAUAUGGAGGAGGCUGGCACACAAAUGUUUACCCUGCAUACUGAAGGAGGCAAUGUGUGGUGUAGGGGUUGGAAGUCUGUGCGCAGCUCGUUUGGGGAUUCUAUAGUGCGACGAGAGGGUGUAUGUUGUAAAUUGAGGGAGUGCAAAUCUUGGAUAGAACAAGGUGGUACAUUAGAGUUUAGGCAGUUGAGGCGUUGGAAACCCAGGAUUGGACCUCAUAAGAAAUUUUUAUUGUCCAUCCUGCGUAAUCCAUACCGAAGGGGGUUGCUGAAGCGAUGCUCGCUCGAAGUACUGAUCAGAUUGAAUAGGGUGGCAGCUGACUUUCAGAAGGCUAGUACCACCUCUUUCUUGCGGCGGUUAAUUUCGCGCACUGUGAAGGACGUUUACAGCUGUAGUCUUAACGCGAAGAUGAUUGUUCGUAUUAAAUUCGACGACCGUAUUAAGAUGGUGGAAUUUCGCAAGCUGUUAAACGACAGGAUCGAGGAGUUGCAGAUUCCGGUGUGCAUGAAGAACGUUGCACGUAACAAGGUCCGGAUCGUUUGGGUUAAGAACCCUUCGAUCGCGGUGUUGUUGCACAAUCAGCGCUCGUUCGCGAAAGCUGAAGUGCUUACAUGUACCUGUACAGGGCUUCCCUACCCUUGGGUAGGAGAUCACGUGCAGUUCAUAUUGCAGGAGCUGGAGGACGUUGAUCCUCUGAUCUUCAAUGCGAAUAAUGUGCCAAGACAUAACCAUCCUAACCGCGGUGCGUUGCUGCGUCAGGAGUUGACCGAUGGAAUUCGAUCCUGGGCUAACUUCCGUGGACAGACACCUCGGAUUGGCGAGGGCGAGGUGGCACGCUGCAUGAUGGCGACGAUCGACAGGAAUUCGCGUUUUAUUGACGUCAACAUAGUGGAGGAGGUCAAGACGCAUUUGAAUGGCUUGGUGUUAACUCCGUUGGAUAGGAAUGCUGGUGAGACGCUUGUGCUCUGCCCGAAGGUGUACAUUGAUGCGAUGAUGGAGCUUUUUGUCAGUAGUCCUGGCUAUGUUGUGAUGAGUAAUGAAGAAGCUGAAGUAAAGUUGUGUAUGCGGGAAGAAGCAAAGAGGGAAGGACUGUUACCUUGUCAGAUGGGAGAAGAAGGGGAAAUUCGGUGAAGCCUAUGUUAUGCCAAAACACAAGGACCUGACAAGGGUUCGGCCAAUUUGCCCCACUU